UUGUAGGCUAGGAAGGCACAAAUCAGUUACCUUUUCUUCGAUGGAAUAUUCCAACAUGGCUGCGCCCAUGUGGUUGUUUCGCAUGACGCUUGCCUGAAGUUGCUGUCGGGUAUUUGGGAAAGAGAUCACAUUAGUGAAACUGUUGUCAACCUGUGCAGUCUCAGAGCAGAAAAUGGCCAUGUUUGGAGCCUCCGACUGGGGUGAUGAUGAUGAUGCAGCACACCUGGCGGAGUCACUGUUUGCCUCUGGAGAUGGUCUGUCUUCAUUCACAAAGCACAAGAGGAAAAGUGUCAAAUCACAAGAAGUUAUUCAGCAAGGGGGAAAACAGGAAACUUUAGAACUGAAGAAAGAAGACCCCACAAUUAACACCGAGCAGAGCAAUGGUUCUAGUACCGUGCCUCACAAGCCGAAAAGGAAAAGAACUAGGAAGAAAAAGCCACACUUACAGAGUGAUUUGUCAGCUGGCGGUACAGAAAUAUCAUUCAAGCCACAGCUAACACUAAAACAGAAGAGAAAACUGAAGAGAAAAAGACAGGAAGAGUCCAGUGUUGGGGAAGUCACAUCAACAUCAACAAAGAAGGCAAGAAAGUCAAGCACACAACAACGAGAUGGUGUAGACCAGACAGACAACUCCACAGAUGCAGGACCUGUCAGGGUGAAGAAACCAAGUUUCAAGAAAGAAACUGCCAAAGACAGCAAGACAUCUCCCUCGCAUACAACUGAAGUGCCGGAGACAAAUAGGAAAAGAAGAGCAACUGAAGUCCCCCCUGUUGAGACACCAAAGGAUGCAGAAAAUGAGACAGAUGACAAUGAAGACACAACAGGACAAAGUGACAGCCAGGGAAGUCAGGAGGCUGCAAAGAAGGGAAGGAAAAAACAGAAAAAGAAGAAGAACAGGAAUAAGAACAAAUUCAAGCCAGCUGAUGGAGACAAGUCCACAAUACCAAAUGAGGAACACAGCAAGAUUUGUGUGUCAGUACAAAAUAGUACUGAGUCCCAUGGUGGUACAAAAACGUCUAGGCCUUCCACUAAAAAAGACUUUCUGACUGGAAAAGCUGUUUCAGUGCCAAAAGAACAAGGAAAAGAGGUGAUUCUUAAAGUUGGGAACAAAACAGGGAUCGGAGGAAACACUCCGCAACAAGAUGCAAAGGAGGGAAAGAUAGAAACCUCUCCGAGUACCAAACCCCUAAAAACAAAGAAAAACUCUCCCUUUGCAAAGCUGCAAAAGGUGUUGCAGAACAUGCGGCCAAAACAGGAUGCUGAAAAGUCCCACCCAUCCUUUCCGGAGCCAAAUAUUUUACAUUUGGUGAACAUGUCACACGAGGAAGACAGUGGGAAAACUGGCAAGCUGGAAGGAGAUACAGACAUAAAGGCAGGAAGUAAAAAUAAAAGCACAGCAGAAAUGGCAACUGGCAGAAAGAUGAAAAACCAAAGUGGUGAUGAUGAUGCAAAUAUUACAACUAAACAGGCACCUUCUAAAAUGUCAGGAGACAGUCUCAAGAAGGAUACCAAAGGAGGAGCGCCGGACCGUUCCUCUAUACUGAGACAGAAGAUGGAGGCCAGGUUGAAGUCAGCCAGAUUCAGACAGAUCAAUGAGAUGCUCUACACUACAACAGGUGAAGAAGCCAGGAGGAUGUUUCAGAAGGACCCAGGUGCCUUCCAGGUGUACCACCAGGGAUUCUCAGCACAGGUGCAGAAAUGGCCGGUAAAUCCUGUGGACAAGAUCAUCACCUGGCUCAGGAGAAGGCCAGCUUCUGAAGUAGUGGCAGAUUUCGGUUGUGGAGACGCCAAAGUAGCUCGGAGUGUGAAGAACCGUGUUCACUCCUUUGACUUGGUGGCUGUCAACAAACAUGUCACUGUGUGUGACAUUACAAAGGUUCCCCUGGACGACGAGACUGUAGAUGUGGCAGUGUUCUGCCUGGCACUGAUGGGAACUAACAUCUCAGACUUCCUCAGGGAAGCCAACAGGGUCCUCAAACUGGGUGGCAUUCUUAAAAUUGCUGAGGUCGCCAGCAGAUUUGAAAAUGUCAACGGCUUCAUCAGGGGACUUGCUCUCUUUGGAUUCAAGAUUGCGUCAAAGGACCUGUCCAACAGCCACUUUGUCAUGUUUGAGUUCACAAAGAUCUCAGAACCAAAGACCAGCAGGGGGAGUUCUGGGCUGGAACUCAGACCCUGUCUGUACAAGAAGAGAUAGGGCAUGUCCAUAGUCGUACACAGAGAUGUAGUACAGGCUGUUCAGGCUAAGAUUUUUCACAUGUAAAACCAUAAUUUUAUGUACGACCCACCACACCUUCAAAACC